CUGUGGUUUGUGGGCCAUUCUAUGAGUGGUUAUUUUUUUAUUUGUGUUCCUUGUGAUCGACUGAUUGUCAUCACCUUUGGACUUAUUUCAUUUGAUGUGAGGGGGAGGGAGUGGAGGAGGUCAUGAGUGAAGGACAAGCACAGAAAGUGCAGAGUCAUUCUGCAGAGCCGGUAUGUGACAAUGACGGAUGUGACGAGAGAGUGGUCACCACCUGUCUCACCUGCAGAACCUUGCACUGCAUGUUCCAUGCCAGGCAGCACAAAGCAGUAGAAGAAAGUCACAGAUUACAUGACCUGGCCAAUCCACAAAGAAACCAGCAACGGGGCCCAGCAGCACAAGAUCUGCAAAAACAACCACACCGAGGGGAAAAGGCUGUUUCUGUCAAAAAAGCUCAGCUAGAGGCGCAGUCAAAGACCUCUGACUGGCAAGCUUGUCCUAAUUUACCAGUCUAUGAUUCUGCCACACCGAAUUCAGGAACCAAUGAAUGCUUAUCUGAGCAGGAUCAUUCUAAUUUACCGGGCUAUUAUUCUGCCACAACGGAUUCAGGAAUUAGCGAAAGCUCAUCUGAGUAUGGUUCUCCAUGUGAUGUCUGUCCCAGAGGCAGAGCCGUGAUAAAGUGCAUAACCUGUGAUGACCGGUUCUGUCAGUCCUGCAGCAAACAUCACACCAACAUGGUUGGACACCAGCUACAGAACCUGACUCAAGGGUCAGACUACAAUACAACAAUCCAACAAGGUCUUUCCAUUAAACAGAUUCAGUUCACCUCAGUGAGGUCAGACACUGUAUCUUUGAGCUGGCCACCAACAAAAGACACUAGUGGUCGUCACAGGUUCAAAGUCACAUGGACACGAGGCCAAGAACAGCGCAACCUAGUGGUGACGCGUCCAGGGAUGGAAGUGACAGAUCUUCUUCCAGGAGAGAAGUACAUCUUUAAUGUUGCCACCAUCAGUGAAGAUGGUGAUCAGAAGCCAUAUGCAACUGGAUGUAUAGACACGGCGGUUCCUUCACCGGAGAAUUUAGCAGUGGAAGCAGGCGUUUCGAGUGCAUCUCUGACGUGGACCAAACCUGACGGAGUGGGCCAGGUGUCUUACCUGCUGGACAUCUUCAGAGAUGGGACACACCUCAAUGCCAUUCACAGAGACUCUCUCCAUUAUACCAUCCCUGACCUACAACAUGGGAAGGAUUACACUGUAUCUGUGGCCACUGUAUUGAGCAAUGGCAAUCAAAGCAAUACAAUCUCUAGAACCUUCAAAAUUGUGCAUGAUCUUGCUGAGGUGUUGUCUAUUUUGGGCCUGAAGGAUCUUCAAGGAGGAAAGCUCACACUCAGCUCUGUCCUGGAGAUCAACAGAAACACAGUGUCUGAAAAAUCAGCACAGAGUCUGGAACAACUGCCAUGGACAUUCUUAAGGAAACUGAUGAUUGCCAAUAUUAAUCCUAGACACAACAUAUUUGGAGAAGAUCCCAUUUAUGUAGAGGUCUAUAAUACUGACCAUAUCUACUGUGAUCCUAAAUCUAUAUUUGAGACCAUAAAUCCUCUAGAUCUAAUUACUGCUCUUUUCCACUGUGCAGAUCCUUUCCUCAGACAGAAAAUGGUCUCCAAAAUGUCUAUAUGCCAAUUUGCUGUUCCUUUGCUGUUGCCAAACUGUGACACACAGCAGAGCACUCUGAUGCUGUGGGCCAUGCGAGACAUAGUUAAAAAGUUCAGACCUUACUCUCCAGCAGGUGACAGGGCAUUUGUAGAGGGCAGGGUUGUAGACAUGGACAUUCCCAUGGUGUCUUUUGUUAGACUAGGAGAGAGCAGCUUGGCCAAAUCUCAGACUCUUAACAAGCUACUCAGUUAUCUUCAUCAGCCCAAUGACACAUUUGUUCACCAUGAUAUGGAGUAUGGUGAUGUGCCCAGGAGAAUCUCAGAUGGUCUGGUUGAAGUCAGCUGGUAUUUGCCCUGUGGAAACACAAACAUUGACCUGUUCAGAGAGCCUGUUGCCAUGGCCAAUCUGAGAGGAGAUGGCAAGUUGUUCAAGACGCAGAUGUAUUUCCUGUCUCAGACCUCAGCUGCCAUUUUCAUCUUCAGUGAUGACCUAGAGGGUGACUUCACCGCUUUGACCAACACAGACAGCAAAGCAGAACUGUUCCUGGUCACCAGCUCUCAGAGUGCUAAGGAUAUUUGCAGAAAACUCAACAUCAAGGAGACAAAUGUGGUCAUCAAGAACAGACAGAAUGAUGAAGAGCUUGUGAAGACUCUUCGAUUAUAUGUGAGUGGAGUCACUGAAAAGAAACGCAUGAAGAUUUUGAACAUGACUGCUUCUGCUCGUCAGGCGGGAAUUCAUGUUGAUGAGGACUGCAGAGACUGUGUGAAGGGCAGAGAUUAUGCAGAAGCAAUCAGUAGUACUGUUAAGGAUAUUGCACAAUUCAAAGAGGAUCAGUUGCCUUUGCAUGGACAAAUGUGGCAGGAAAUCAGCCAAACCAAGGAAGAAAUGUACAGCAUGAAACAUGUAGACAGGGGGCAAAAUAUAAAGCAGUACAGACUUUCAUUACAGAGCAAAAUAUAUCAUUUCAGAAAGAAGCAAUAUCAGACAGAUAUUUCUGAGGCCAUGACCAACUUCACAGCUGGAAUAUCCCAGUCUAAAGCAGUGCGCCUCUACUUCCUUAAGUGGCUGAAGAUUAAGUUGGAACAUGUUUGUCAUCAGAAUCCUGAGCAACGGAAUGAAUAUGGUCACAGAACACCACAAGACAAGGAAACAACUGCAGGGUUGUGUUACCAAAUCCCCAAGUGCUCAUUAGGUCCUGAACACUUCUUCCGUGAGCUGGGCCAGCUCUAUGAGUGUGCUUGCUCCCUUCCAGACAAUACCCAGGCCAGACAACAAGUCCAGCAUCUGCCUCCUCUGUGUGCUCAGGUCCUGCUGGAUGGAUAUGCAGUUGAGCUAGUUGAUGGAGAUGCAUCAAACAUCCCAAUGAAAUGGAUAUCAGAGGUCCUGACUCAGCUACAUAAGUUGGUCACCACCAAGAGCAGGAUCCAGGUAUUGACUGUGUUAGGGGUGCAAGGCUCUGGAAAGUCCACCUUACUCAACACCUUGUUUGGAGUGCAUUUUGACAUCAGCAGUGGAAGAUGCACCAGAGGAGCCUUUAUGCAGCUAAUUAGAGUUUCUGAUGAAGUCAGAUUUGAGUUCAAGUGUGACUUCAUCAUGAUUAUCAACACAGAGGGCUUAAAAUCACCUGCAUCAUUGGACACAAGUUACAAACACGACAACGAACUAGCAACACUCGUCAUAGGGCUCAGUGACAUCACCCUCAUCAAUGUUUCAAUGGAAAACAAUACAGAGACGAAAGACAUUCUGCAAAUUGUGGUCCAUGCCUUUCUUAGGAUGAAGGAGGUUCUGAAGAAGCCCAAAUGUCUGUUUGUGCAUCAGAAUGUGACAGACAUGUCUUUUCAUGACAACAACAUGAGAGACCGGAAGAAACUUGAGGAGGAACUGAAUGACAUGACCAGGACAGCAGCUAAAAUUGAAAAUAAAGAUUGCAAUAUAAAAUUCUCAGAUGUGAUGGACUUUGUGCCUGACAAAGACAGCUACUAUAUUCCUGGAUUUUGGCAUGGACCACCCCCAAUGGGCCCAGUAAAUGCUCGCUACAGCAAAGCUGUCUUUGAACUCAAAAAGAGCUUAAUUGGUUCCUUACAAACAUCAUCUGACUUUGAGAGGAAUGAUGCAAGAACAUUCACCAAGUGCACAGAAGAUUUAUUGAAUGUGGUGAAGUUUGAGAACUUCAUUUUUAAUUUUAAGAAUAGUUCUGCACUUGAAACUUAUACUACACUAUAUACAGAGUAUGAAAACUGGGAGUGGUCAUUUCGCUCAGCAAUGGAGAAAUGGUAUGCUGAUAUAGAAUACAAUAUGCCCAAAGGUAGACCUCUCUCAAAAUCCCAAGUGACAGAAAUAUUACAAGAGGCAGCAACAGCUUUGGAUAAGGAAGAGGCAAAUAUCAACAAACACCUUGAUGAAUACUUUGCAAAGAAUGACUAUCGUGCUUUGGGGGCAGAACACAAAGAUGAAUUCAAGAGCAAUAUUACAUUUCUGAGAAGAGAGAUAGAACGUUCUAUAGAAUACUCUUUGAAGGGACGAAAUAUGAUCAGUGAAGGAAAGGACAUGAACAAAAUCCAGAAUCAGACCAUACGAAGAAAGGUUAAAGAACUGCAGAAAAUCUGUCGCGAGAAAAUGAUAGUUUUAUCGGAUGAUGGUCUUGACACAGAAUUUGAGAGUACGUGGGAGGACAUUUUGGGUGAAAUAUACCCAGAUGUCCUACCAGCGCAAGAUGUCUGUCAGCGUGUUCUCUCUGUGUUGCUGUCACAUUUCAAGACAAAGUCCGGACAGACCAAAAAGCUGCUCUCAGAGACAAAUUUGCAGAAUUGUGGACUUGACAAAUUUACUGUGAAAAAACAGUGGCUUGGAAGAAACCAAAAUCCACAAAAACUCCAGAGUAUAUGUGAUGGCGUCAUUAAAGAAUGCGAGUCCUAUGUAUCAGGGAAAGUACAGAGCAGCAAGAACUACAGUGAUGCAUAUAUAAGAGAACUUCUAGGAAUGAUUGACAAGAUGAAUGAUCUGAGUGAAGAAUGUGAAGUCUCUCUGAAAUUAAAUGUCUGUGGUCAAGCAGUGAGGGAGUUUGAGAGGGUGCAAAACAGGGAUGUGAGUGAUCCUAGAAACCUAGAAAAGCUGCAAAGAUCCAAAUUUAAUCUACUGUCGGUAUUUAAAAAAGAGUUCAGGAAAGGAGACAGUUCAGUUUAACCCCAGUGAAAUGCUCUUGAAGGCUGCUCUGUUGGUGAUGUUUUUGCUUGUGAUUUGUGAUUGUGAUUUAGUUUUGACAGUGAAUAGGCUUUGUUGUUGAUUGGCCACUGUAUGGAAUCCUCUACAGCACUAGGAAUUUAACAUUUCUCCUGUGUAUAUUUGAAAAAAAAGCCACCAGUUUGUUACAGAUAACAGAUGAAAUGAGGAUUCCAAAAGUUUGCUUAUAGCACAUUUUCCGUGUACAGAACUAGUGCAUCGGCAGGACAAAAUGCACCUGCAGCCACAAUGCACCUGGUCUCUGUCACAAUGCACCUGCAACCACAAUGCACCUGGUCUCUGUCACAACGCACCUGGUCUCUGUCACAAUGCACCUGGUCUCUGUCACAGUCACAAUGUACCUGGUCUCUGUCACAAUGCACCUGCAGCCACAAUGCACCUGGUCUCUGUCACAAUGUACCUGGUCUCUGUCACAAUGUACCUGCAGCCACAAUGCACCUGGUCUCUGUCAAUGCACCUGGUCUCUGUCACCAUAUUGAUUAUUGCACUGAUUUUGCUAAAAUAUUGCUCAGAUUAUGAUAACACCUGUUCACAGUGCUUUUCUGCAUCAUUGUAUGGCAAAUAGUAUAUAAGACUGAUUUGACCAAAUUGCCAUGUCACAGCUGCCCUAAUGUUCUUCAGUAAUUGAUUGUUCACUUUCAAGUAGUUGUUGGUUGAAUGUGUAUGUGAAUUGCACAAAUUACUAUGCCAACUAAGGAGUUGUAAUGUACUUUGGAACAAAACUUAAUUUAGCAGUAAAUGGGUUUUGUCUAUGUAAAUAAAAAUAUUGUCUGUAUGAAUAAAAACAGCUUUCAAUUCA